AUGGCUUGGUCACACUUGGUGUACCUUCCGCACGAGCUCGACGAGCUGGAAGCUACCCGAGCCCAUCAGGGACCGAAAGCUGCUGUGAACAAAGCUGCGAAGAAGGCUGAGCAAGAAGAGGGGAAGAACACAAGCUCACAGUCGAUCCCUCCAGGUGACGCAAAGAAGGGUGCCAACCUCUUCAAGACGAGAUGCGCGCAGUGCCACUCCGUCGUUGAGUCGGAGGGCAACAAGAUCGGCCCCAACUUGCACGGCCUGUUCGGCCGCAAGACUGGCUCCGUCGAGGGCUUCUCAUACACGGAUGCAAACAAGCAAAAGGGGAUUACGUGGAAGGAGGACACUCUGUUCGAAUACCUCGAAAAUCCUAAGAAAUAUAUUCCCGGCACAAAGAUGGCCUUCGGUGGUCUCAAGAAGGGCAAGGACAGGAACGACCUGAUCACCUGGCUGCGCGAGGAGACCAAGUAA